AGCCGGGCCGGGAGCUGGGUGGGAGGUGUUUGGAGUGACCGAAGGCAUCAGGCAGCUUUGUGAGGGGCCCCCCUUGUAGAAAUUUCAGUACAUCAAGAAAGCCCUUAUCCAUGGCUGGCCUUGAGCAUGUGCUCAGAUGUCAGCCCCUCCAUCCUCCGCCCCCGCUCCCUGCUUCCCAGGGUGGCAGCCUCACCAAGGCCAGGGCUACCUACCCACACCUAGAGGGCUGGGUACAGCCCAGCCAGGUGCUCGCUGCCGGUCUGGAGCACUCGAACCUGGACAGGCCGCCAUGGUGGGCACUGCGCUCCUGCUCCUGGCCCUGCUCCCUGGGACCUCCAGUAAGCACGGUACACCACGUGCACCUCUGUUACCUGGGGCGCCUGGCCCCUGGCUGCGCAGACCCCUUUUCAGUCUGGAGUUAUCAGAUGCAGAGGACGCGUUCCCUCGCCGCGCAGGGCCACUGGAGGUUCCGGCGGACAGCCAUGUGUUUGUGCAGGCGGCCCUGGCCCGUCCUUCACCGAGAUGGGGCCUAGCCCUUCACCGAUGCUCAGUAACACCUUCUUCACGCCCGACCCUGGGGCCUGCCCUGGUGCUUCUACGUGGGGGCUGCCCCGCCGACGACUCUGUCAGCUUCUCACCACCUCCACGCCCGGAUGCUGCUAGCGUCUCACGCUUCAGCUUUCGCCUGCGUCCGGUAUUCAAUGCCUCAGUACAGUUCUUGCACUGCCAGAUCAGCCGUUGCCGCCGUCGCAGCAGUCACCACCGCCGAGCUGUCCGCCUGACACCAGUGCCUUUGACCCCACCAGCACCAUUGCGGUGUCUGCCUCAGGAUGAGGCAUGUGCGGGCAGCAGCUUGAGCCUUGGUACCGACAGCCCCCACCUGCACAUGCUGACACAGCCCAUCGUGGUCACAAUACCUCGUCCGUCCCCUAGGCCAUCCAAGAGUCUCCCAGGCAGGUCGGUACACCCGGAGCCACCCGCUCCAGCCCCUGCAGCACUGGAGCCUGCACCGGUGGUGGCAUUGGUGUUGGCGGCCUUCGUGCUGGGUGCUGCGCUGGCCGCUGGGCUUGGUCUCGUCUGCGCACACUCAGAGAUGGCACCACCCAGUGAGGUCCUGAGAUCCACUCAGCCGUGGUUUACCGUUCAGAAGGCCUCCUGCGUGUCUUCUCUCCCCUCUCCCUGUCCUCACUCCCCUGUUCAAAAUAAAUUGGUGACCUGCUAACUUCUGGUGGAGUCAAUAUGCUCCCAAACAUGGGCAGGGGUGGAGUGCACGAGGGGAGGCUCCAGGCUGUACCUUGGGUCCAGAUGUGGGGAGAUUUGUGGCUUG